UCCUGCAGGCUUCAACUCAACAGUUUGAAUUUGCAGAGAUGUCCGGCCGCGGGGGCUGUGGAGGAGGAGGACACGGAGGAGGAGGACACGGACACGGAGGAGGAGGACACGGACAUGGCCACGGGGGCUGUGGAGGAGGAGGAGGAGGAGGACACGGACAUGGCCACGGAGGAGGAGGAGGAGGAGGGCACAAGCAGGGCUGCCACGGCGUCAAGAGGGACAAAAGACGAAAGGGCAAGAAGGGACACAAGCAUCGCAAGUGCCACAAGAAAGGCAAAGACAGUCACGGGUCGUCCAGCAGCUCGUGCAGCAGCAGCGACUCAGAUUAGAUCAAGAGGAUUCUGUCUUUUAUGAGCUCAAGUCACACGAUAAACCCAAGUAUUUUAUCAGGGAAAUAAGUGACAAUAAAGUUUUAAAACUAC